CCAUUAUUUGACCUCUGUUAAUAUCUUCCUCUUCUCUGGCGGCGUUUCUAGGGUUCUUCUGAUUAGCACGAGAUUUCGCGACAAGUUUCUUUAAUGGAGGAAAAAACUCUCUCAAAGACGACAUGGAGUCUAAUAAGGAAGAAGCAAGAAGAGCAUUGGAUAUUGCUGAUAAGAAACUUUCAAAGAAUGAUUACGAUGGAGCCAAAAAAAUCGCUAUGAAGGCUCAGGAGUUGUAUCCAAGGGUCGACGGUUUGGAACAAGUUUUGAAGAUGGUCGAUGUUUAUCUCUAUGCAUCAAACAAGAUCAACGGAUCAAGAGCAGAACCUGACUGGUAUGGCGUACUAGGUUUGGAUCCGUUAGCUGAUGACGAAGCUGUCAAGAAACGUUACAAGAAGUUAGCUCUACUGCUUCAUCCGGACAAGAACAAGUUUAAUGGUGCUGAAGGCGCGUUUAAGUUGGUUUUAGAAGCUUGGUAUCUAUUAUCUGAUAAAGCUAAGAGAGCUUCUUAUGAUCGAAAGAGGAGGAGAUCAAACCAAAUUAAUAAUCAUAAACCAGAAAAGCGACAUAAGCCAAAUUCUUCUUAUUCGUACGAGUCUGAGUUUAAGGCUUAUGGGGCUAAGCCUGAGCCUGAGCGUAAGAAGCCUGAACCUGAGCCUGAGCGUAAGAAGCCUGAGCCUAAACCUGAUCCUAAACCUGAUCCUAAACCUGAGCCUAAGACUGAGCCUAAGACUGAGCCUAAACCUGAGCCUAAGUCUGAUUCUUCAUUAGAAACAACGAAUUAUGGUAACUUUUGGACAGUGUGCAGAAACAACAGAUGCAAGACAUAUUGGGAAUUCAAGAGGGAUUGUCUUAACAAGGCCUUAACUUGUCAAAACUGCAGUCAGUGGUUUGUUGCGACCGAAGUAAUUCCAGUGGCACACAAUGGGAGGCCAGUCAUCAUAAUGAGUCCUUGUAAUCAGCCAAUGCGCAAAAGCACUUUCUCAACUUCAGCAUCUAACAAUUCAAAUGGCGCCAUAAGAAUGAAAAGAUGGUCUGAUACUAACCCUAAGCUUGAUUCUUCAUCGAACAAGAAGGAAACCAGUAUCUUUUGGACAGUGUGCAAUAGAUGUAAGACACUUUGUAAACUUUUGAGGUCUAAUUCACCUAACAAGACUUUGGCUUGUCCAUACUGCAGUGAGAAUUUCCAAGCGACCGAGAUAAUUCCAUACAUAGUCAAUGGAAGGCCAGUCAUCACAUCGAGUCUUCUUCCCUUUGGUAAGUCAUCAAGCAGCAAAAACACAACUAGUGAUGCUUCUUCUUCUACUAGCUCAGCAUCAUCAUCUGCUAGCGCAAAGCCAAAUACUGCAUAUUCAAGUGAAGACGCACUGAAAAGAUUUUUUCCCGAGUCACGAGAAAAGAUCGCUGCUGAUUUUGCUUUUGCUGCUGCUGGAGGAAAUGCAAACGUUGCAAAGAGUUUUUACAAGAAGAUGACAACAGGAAAUAAAAACUCUGCUUUUGAAACAGAGACCGAUGACAACAGGAAGUGCCAAGUAGUCUAGCUUUGAAGCAGAGAGGAUUUUCAGGAAACCGAUGACAACAUUGAAUGCCAACUCUAUACUUGCAGCAGCUAGAGAGACUUUUAAAGGAAAACAUGACAGAUGUGAAAUAAGAAGUAAAUACUUUCUCCACUUCUGCUCUUCCUUCUUAUCUUCACUGAAGGAAGAAACAGGAAACAGAACCAAUCCAAACAAGCAGACGUUAAGAUGCAUCAGCAUUACUCUCCUUACAAAUCUGAUGACUGAAUAUGUGAGGAUUUCCAUGCGACCGAGAUAAUUCCAGACAUAGUCAAUGGAAGGCCAUUCUUCAACCAGAGUGUUCCCUCUGGUCAGUCAAGCAGCGAAAACACAAGUAGUGAUGCUUCUUCUUCUUUCUUCUUCUACUAGCUCAGAAUCUGCUAGCGCAUAUCAAAGUGAAGACACACCGGAAAGUUGGUUUACUGAGUCACGGGAAAAGAUUAUUGCUGCUGCUGGAGGAAAUGCAAAGUUAACAAGAUGCUUUACGAGAAGAUGACAUGAAAACAGGUAAGAAAAUUUUGAAAACUCUCUUGAAGCAGAGAGACUUCUCAAGAAACCGAUGACAACAGGAUAUGCCAACUCUACUCUUGCAGCAGAGAGACCUUCAAGGGAUCACAUGACAGAUGUGAAAUAAGAAGUAAGACAUUUUGAAUUUAGAAGUUAACUUUAUAUCUGUUUUUAAUAGUUUUUAAUUUGAUCUGAUGAAACUUGAAUUUAUUGUUCUGUGAGUGAACCUUUGAUUCAAAUCUAUAUAU